CAAUCUGGCGUCCGGGAGGGCCGGGGGGACUGCAUAUGCAAAGCCCUGCUUCAUAUUAAUGAGCAGCAAUCGUGGCUUUAAGUCCUUGAUUAGAAGAGUGCAAGAGCUUUUGGUCCCAACUGGCUGUGCCUAUAGGCUGUCACCGGGAGAACGGUCCUGUUAAUUGCACUGCUCAGUCACGGAAGGGAGAGAGAGGAGGAGGAGGUACAGAGAGAGAGAGAGAGAGGAGCGGAGACCGAGAAGCCAGAGAGAAAGAGAGAGAGAGAGAGAGAGAAAACUUUAAUUUAUAGAAGAGGUUUGCUCAAACGAUGAUCGCAGAGCGCACAUGGAUUCGGUAGAACUUUCGCUCCCUGAGUGUUUUUCCCUGCACUCCGAACAACAAAUGAAUUUAUCAAAGGCCCAAGUUAAUAGCGAAGAUAAGUACGCCAAAUGCGGCGCUUGGAGAACACAACAGCAAUACGACAUCGAGGCCAGUCACAUGCGUGAUGCACAUGCUCUAUAUAACCAAAGGCUGCUCUGCAGAAUGUCCAGCAAGGACCGCCACAUUGAGUCGAGUUGCCCCUCCUACAUAAAGACGGAACCUUCCAGCCCUGCCUCACUGACGGACAGCGUAAAUCACCACAGCCCCGGCGGCUCCUCAGACGCCAGCGGUAGCUACAGCUCCACCAUGAACGGCCAUCAGAACGGUCUGGACUCACCCACUCUUUACGGCCCAACCGGUGCUCUGGGUCCCAGCGGAGCCGGAGCCAAGCGUUACGAGGACUGCUCCAGCACCAUCACGGAGGACUCGCAGAUUAAAUGCGAGUACAUGCUGAACUCCAUGCCCAAGCGCCUGUGUCUGGUGUGCGGGGACAUCGCCUCCGGCUACCAUUACGGUGUCGCCUCCUGCGAGGCCUGCAAGGCCUUUUUCAAGAGGACCAUUCAAGGAAACAUUGAGUACAGCUGCCCCGCCACCAAUGAAUGUGAGAUCACCAAACGUAGAAGGAAGUCCUGCCAAGCCUGCCGCUUCAUGAAGUGUCUGACCGUCGGCAUGAUGCGAGAAGGCGUUCGACUGGACCGCGUGCGUGGUGGAAGACAGAAGUACAAACGCCGGAUAGAUGCAGAAAACAGCCCCUAUUUGAACCCUCAACUGGCUCUGCCGCCCAAAAAGCCAUUCCCCUUUGGCUGCCUUGCAGAUAACAAGAUUGUGUCUCACUUGCUGGUGGCGGAGCCUGAGAAGAUCUACGCCAUGCCUGACCCCACCGUGCCCGACAGCGACAUCAAAGCCCUGACCACGCUCUGCGACCUGGCAGACAGGGAACUGGUGGUCAACAUUGGCUGGGCCAAGCAUAUCCCAGGGUUUUCCACACUCUCGCUGGCGGACCAGAUGAGUCUUCUGCAGAGCGCGUGGAUGGAGAUCCUGAUCCUGCGUGUAGUCUACCGCUCACUGUCUUUUGAGGACAAGUUGGUCUACGCUGAAGACUACAUCAUGGAUGAGGACCAAUCUAAGCUGGCUGGCCUGCUAGACCUGAAUAACGCUAUUCUUCAGCUGGUGAAGAAGUACAAGAGCAUGAAGCUGGAGAAGGAGGAGUUCGUCACUCUUAAAGCUAUAGCCCUGGCUAACUCAGAUUCCAUGCAUAUAGAGGACGUGGAAGCCGUGCAGAAGCUCCAGGACGUGUUGCACGAGGCCCUGCAGGACUACGAGGCGGGCCAGCACCCAGAAGACCCGCGCCGGGCCGGCAAGCUGCUCAUGACCCUACCGCUGCUCCGGCAAACAUCCACCAAGGCGGUGCAGCACUUCUACAGCAUCAAACAGGACGGCAAAGUGCCCAUGCACAAACUGUUUCUGGAGCUGCUGGAGGCCAAGGUGUAACUCCGUCCCCGGCCCCGCGUUAUACCGACAGAGAGCUGGAGGGGGUACGUGACUGCGCCCCUUCGCCGGGCAGACACUGACUAACUCUCUGCCGCUGUUUGUGAAACCUUUGUCUAUAAACUUUAACAAAUAAUAACUAAAACAUAACCGUAAUGGUACUUCUAAUUACUGACAAUGAUACGUAAAUAUAAGAAUGAUUUAAAAUGUGAUUAUUGAGAAAAAUAUGAAGUGGAAAAAAAUGACUGCUUUCAUUAUUCAGCAGUGGGACUUGAAACCAGCCGUCGACUUGUUCUUCUCGAAAAUCUGAUGCUGAGUUUUUUUGUGCUAUUGAAACAUUUUAUUGAUUUUCAAAAGAGAAAUUCUGGAGCCGAAAAAGACCAGCCCUGCCAAAGGAAGGAGGUCCACCCGGUGGACACCAGCAAGCGAAACUUUCCCCGAACUGUACCGUCCAGCUCCCAUGUCGCUGAAGGAAUCUAGGAAUCAACCCUCUUUACCAUAAGAGCGUGACGUAGUGACUAUGUGCAGUAUUACAUUAGAGGUCCUCGGAGCAGUUUAACAACGCGAUAGCCAAACGGAGAUUUUCAAGUCUUUGAAGAAGCUGCUCCUCACCAUUACGUAGCCAUGCGGAUUGAUCAUGCGUGUGUCACUCCCUUGUCGUUUUCUUUCAAGUCUUCCAAACACGUCUAGCCUCUUUUACCGAUUUCAUUUCGACCUUUUCAGGGAAUAGCCGAAGCUUUAGUCUUUCAUGCAAUACCGAGCAAAGAGGAAUCGCAGUGGUCAAGGAACAGACUCAUUUAUUUAUUGACUUUAUUUUAUUAUGUUUUAUUCGAGUGUAUUUUUACUGUACUGAAGGAUGUAAAUAUAUGGUAUGGUCAUCAAACACGAUGUUUCUUCAUAUAAUGUUAAUAAUUGAUCGUUAUGUUUUUCUACCGACCACCGUGUUGCGCAAUGAAGACGAAAACCUGCUAUCUUCUCUAAGCAAUAGAUGUUUAAAAAAGUGGAGGUGUAAAUGUAUGCAAUCUUGUUUUUGUUUUUGUUUGUUUUUUUUCUUAGUGCCACACUUACUUGGGAAAAUGAAUUUCCAGAAGCUUUCGCUUUUCUGUCUGUGCUUGUCAUAAGAUGAUAGAUUACAUACAUGAUAUGGCCGGAAGGACCAUAACCAUUAUCUCAAGCCAAUUAUAUAUGCAUAUAUAUUAACUUCAGCCUCGCAAUUCUAUUGACAUUCUUUCAUACUAAAGCAGUAUUUGAACUUUGUUAAGCAAAAUAGCACUUAGGGAAGACGGAGAAGCAUCGUAGGUUUAGUUUCACGACGGUCCUGAUUUUUACGCGGAAUAGCGCCAGAGAUAUCAUACACGUGACGUAAUCUUCUUCCAAAUGACAUUUUUAGCAGAGAGGCUCAAGUAUCAAAGCAAGCGAUCCACAGCCUUCAUCAGAAAUAUGUCAGUAUUAGUAUGGGGUAUUUUCUGAAUAUUCUUAAGCAUUGUAUAUUGUAAAUUAACAGAUUAUAAAUCUAACCUAAGACAUUUUAUUGGAACAGAUCAAAGAAAAAAAAAAAAGAAAAAAAAUGUAGUUCAGCUUCUUGGUGUUUCAUGUCUGCUGUGUUUUUCUGAAACAUCUCUGUCUUUUUUUUCCCCUUUCCUCUGUUACACGCAAAAGAUGUAGUGUACUACCCGUGGUGAUCGCAGGUCUCGCUGUUCAGUAUGCGUUCAUUUUUUUUCUGUUGUUUCUUUUCUAGUUUUGGUUCAUUUUUUUUAGAGACAGGGUAGAAUUAGAGACAAUACUGGAUGUAUGAAUCCUCAGGAGCAAGAUGAUGGGUUCUCAAAUAACCUUUUGAAAAAAGACUCUUCCUAGUUACCGCUAGAUCAACCGAUCAACGAUCAAUAUAAUCUAUGCUGAUAUAUAAGUGAAUAUUUAAAAGGAGGUGCAUUAUAUGUACAAGAGACCAUCUGUGUAACUCCUAUCUUGUAGACUAACACUGUAUAUCAUAGGUUACGAUGACAAAUGCUUUGAAAUAGUAAAUUUUUCUCUUUCUUUCCCCUCUUUUUCUGAUUUUCCUUCUCUUUUAACAAAAUGCUGUACAUAAGGCCUUCAUGCUGAACUCCAUUGGUAUAUAUCUUGACUCUUUAAGGUUGCAAAGGGAAGAAACAUUUUUGUUUGUUUUGGUGUAAGAUCGGUUUUCAAAACUAUCACUUUGACUUUGUGUGCUUAAUAAAAAUGACGAAAAAAAGACGAAAGAACAUCAUUUUUUAAGGCAAAUGGGGAACGAGGGUUUUUAGUUGCUUUUUCUCAGCCUUGUUCUAUAAAUACACUGUAUCUAUCAUUAGCUGUUCAAAACUCUUAAUAGAUUGUGCUUUGGAAAGGUUAGUGUAACGUGACUAGAUCUUAUCGCUCAUGGCAACUCAUCGGAUGGUCAAAACAUGGGUUUGGGGGAGGGGGGAGGGGUCUUGCUGUGGAGAAGAUGUUGGCACUUUCAAAAUUUUCUCGUGAUCAACUCCUGGCAGAAGAGGUGCUGUUUUCUCUCUGUGGUUUUGUUUUCUUUUUUGUGUUGUCUUUACUCUGAGGUGAUCACGAUGGAAAUGAAGCGAUAUGAAACUAGACAAGCUUUAUAAUUCUGUUCAGUUUUGUAAGAUUUCACGAAAAACGAGAGCAAGCGGUUCCGAUCUACACUCAGUCUUUCAGAUAUGCAUUUUUCCAAGUUGCUUUUAGUGCACAAAAAAAAAAAAAAUUCCUAAAAAAAAACAACUUUUAUGACAUGUACUGUGUAAUUUUGGACAAAAAAACGGUACCCAGACCUCUCGAACCAUUUAAAGACAAUUUUACUGUAUCUUUUAACACUCAUCUAUCCAGCAUAGAAAUCAAAGUGUAAUUUAUCCGUACCCAAGACAACUUUUUUUAGAGAUAUUUUCUUAUUUAAAGCAAUAUGACGGUACGACGUACAGUAGUUGUACAAUGUGAUUCGAUUAGUGAUCAAAUGCUGUAUCUAUUGGACUAUUUUGCAAAUUCUAGGAUGAUAGGAUUAAGGAUGAUCAGAUAUACAAACAACUGCUAUUUUUAAAUGUUGAAGAGGUUCUAGGUGUUGGUUGUAUUUAUUCAUGCAUCGACGCGUCUGCCAAACGCAUCUAGGCUUCCUGGCAGUCUAAUGCAGAAACCGGUGUGGGAAAGGAUGAGAUCCAGAAGGAGGAAGGGGAAAGAAUAAAAUAACAUUUGAGAAGCUUCUAUGAUCAAUAUGAUAAUGAUAUAUUUCAACCCAGGAGUUGCUGAAACAACCUGUAGUGAGAAUCAUGUCUGUAGUUUUUAGAUGUGCUCCACAUCGGUAAAACUAUUAACUGUAUAUUUUUGUGAUGUGCAUCAUUACAGUGUGCUCCAAACAAUAUGUCCAUUUGUGUAAAUGUAUUUAUUUUACAUUGUAUAUAUUGUUCAAUGCAAAAAGAGAGACCUAUGAUUCUGUAUCUACGAUCAGUUCAGAUGUGUAACUCCAAUUAUGCCUUUCAGGAUAAUAGUAGAGCAAUAUUAAACAUGCUUCCAGUUUUGACUCA